UCCCUAUUUGGCGUUGCUCAUUCCUGUAGCCGUACCCAGUCGCCGCCUCUCUCUCUCUCGAUCUGAUCUAACCCCUUGCCAUGGAGGAGAGAGCUACUGUUCGUCGGCGGCGGCGGCGGCCCAGCCGUUGGUCCUCGGAGGAGAAGAUACCCAAGGAGUUGCUGGUGGACAGCGCUGAGGCGGCGGCGGCGGCCGGCCUCCUCACGGACGACCUCAUCGUGGAGAUCCUGUCCCGCCUCCCCGCCAGGUCAGUCCACCGCUUCAAGUGCGUCUGCAAGCUCUGGCGCGACCUCAUCGCCUACCCAGCCCACCGCAAAAGGCUGCCCCAAACCCUUGCCGGCUUCCUCUACAGCACCCACACCGGCGUCUACGGCCACCACUUGGCCGCCGUCUCGUCCACGGUCGUCGAUUUCGUCGACCCUUCCCUCUCUUUCCUGCGGCCUAUGAAUUACACCAAGAUCCGCCUGCGAGACACCUGCAACGGCCUCCUCCUCUGCGUCUGCUACUACAACAUGGAGAAACGUUUAGUUGUCUGCAAUCCCGCCACCCAGAGGUGGACCGAGCUGCCCCCUGCUCCGCAGCCGCAGCCAGGCACAUAUAACUGGGACCAACGUCUGGCUUUCGAUCCGGCAGUCAGCCCAUCCCAUUUCCACGUCCUUGAUUUCGUGGACACCACCAACAAAUACCACCACACAGGAGUGAACAUCUACUCGUCCAGAACCGGAGCCUGGAUUCAUAGGGAUACUGAGUUGCUUGACAAAGUUGUGCUGGCCGAUGGAAGUGUCUUUGUUGGCGGUGUGCUGCACCUGCCCGGCAAGCUGCGGGAGGACCGCCCCUGCCAGUCCCGCCACAGCAUCGGCUACAGUUACCAGGAAAACUUUGUGCUGGUGGUUGUAGACAUGGAGUGGAAGGCAUGGAAGAUUGUCCGCACACCGGCAUACGGUUUCUCUUUCGGUGCAAUUGGAUGGUCACAGGGGCGUUUGCACUAUGCUACUCCAUCUGAAACUCCUAUUACCGUCAGUAAUGACGACGAUGAGGUUAUACUCCGAGAGAUAGCAGUCUGGUGCCUUGAGGAUUAUGGUAGUAAGAAAUGGGCCUUGAAGCAUAUUGUCAGAAUUGAUAAGCCAAUUGAGAUGGAAUACUCGGUGGUUGGGUUUCAUCCGGACUGUGAUACCAUCUUCUUUGUUACUACUACUAGGGCCGCUUAUCAUAGCGAUUCAUGGGAUGCUUCUUCGUUGGCAUCAUGGGAUAUGUGGCGUCUGCAAUUCCGUACUGUCCUUGACCUUGAGAAACGCAGUUCUGUGACAUAUCUACCUUAUGUUCCUAUGUUCUCAGAGUCGACAUUACCAGAUGGAGAAGUGCAGUAGCUUAUGUUCCUAUGUUCUCGAGUUCUCGGGGUGGACAUAGUCACUGGUGUUACCUUCAGUUCAAUUCAUGCUUUGCCAUACUCCAAGAAAGAAUUGGCUAUUCUGUACGUAGGCUGCCUAAUAUAUGUUUGUGGAAUCACUUCUUAAUUAACCUACUUAAAUGUGUCAUUCAACUUGCUCCGUGGAGCUAAGUUAUGUUAUCCAGCAUACUUGUCCAUAACAUGUCAUAUUGUGAUUGUCGUGAAUCCUAAUAUUAGUGAGUCCCACUCGUGAACUUCUUUUUGUUUCUAUGUAUUUUUCUUCUUGUUCGUGCAUCUGGUUUUGUGUAGUUGAUUAAUGUCCAGUUGAUGAGUUCAUCAAUUAAUUACAUUGUAAUGAAAAUAUUACAAACUUUUCCUGCUGUAUCUUCCGCUGGGUCUCCAAUCUUGUAUGAGUGUCAUGUACCUGCUGCAGCGCUGCUGCUCCCUCUCCACCGACGAAUACCCUAUGCCCAAGGCUGCACCAUCGCUCCCUCUCUGUCGCCACGAGAGUCUGCCGGUCAAGUUGCGAUGAGUCAGCGGCCAGCUUGAAGGGCAACAACUGUGGCUGUGGCGACUCGAAGGGAAGGUGUGGCUGUUCCAACUUACUCAGGCCACCGGAAGGAGAAGGGUGGACCUACAGUUCUCUUGUGCUCUUCUUUUCAUUUCAGUUUAUUAUGCUAUGUAAUCUUUAAUGUCUUUUAUUAUUAGGCUUUGAACAA